CCGUUGAGUUUGGCGCAGAUGAAUGCCUUAGUCCAGACAGUAUUCCAAAGGGGCAACCACUGCAAGCAUUCCUCAUCGAGAAGUACAAUGGUGGUUUUGAUUAUACGUUCGAGUGCGUUGGACGAGUGGAAACAAUGCGUCAAGCACUUGAAGCUGCGCAUAAAGGCUGGGGCGAAUCGUGCAUUCUUGGUGUUGCUGCAGCUGGGAAAGAAAUUUCAACGCGUCCGUUCCAGCUUGUCACUGGUCGUACGUGGAAGGGAAGUGCUUUUGGAGGUUGGAAAAGUGUCGAUAGUGUCCCGAAACUUGUUGAGGAGUACCAGAAGGGUAAAAUUGCGCUUGAUAAAUUUAUCACUGGCCAUUAUGAUUUAUCACAGAUCAAUGAAGCAUUUGAAUCGUUGCAUUCCGGCCAAGGGCUCUUUAUGGAAAAUAUCACUUUAGGUUAUGGGAAUGGUGACUGUUUGUUUGCAAGGCUAUUCAUUAAUACGUUUGAGCACAGACAGUCGUUGGAUUUAUCAUUAACAGUAU